GCCCCGGCCCCGGCCAUGGGGACGGCGCCGGUCCCGCGGCGGGGGGGCUGGCUGCUGGCCGGCCUGGCCCUGCUGCUGCUGCUGCUGCUGGGCUGCGGGGCGGAGCCGGGCGGCGGGCUGGAGUUCCCGGGCGCCGAGGGCCAGUGGACGCGCUUCCCCAAGUGGAACGCCUGCUGCGAGAGCGAGAUGAGCUUCCAGCUGAAGACGCGCAGCGGCCGGGGCCUGCUGGUCUACCUGGACGACGAGGGCUUCUGCGACUUCUUGGAGCUGGUCCUGACGCGCGGGGGGCGGCUGCAGCUCAGCUUCUCCAUCUUCUGCGCCGAACCGGCCACCGUCCUGGCCGACACCCCGGUCAACGACGGGGCCUGGCACACGGUGCGGGUGCGGCGCCAGUUCCGCAACACCACGCUGCUGGUGGACGGCGCCGAGGCCAAGUGGGCCGAGGUGCCGUCGAGGCGGCGGGACAUGACGGUGUUCAGCGGGCUCUUCGUGGGCGGGCUGCCCCCCGCCCUGCUGGCCGCCGCCCCCCUCAAGCUGACCCGGCCCUCCGUGCGCGACCGCCCGCCCUUCCGAGGCUCCGUCCGCGACGUGCGCGUCGACCGGGCCCCGGCCGCCCCCCUCGACGGGGGCCUGGUCGGGCUGGACGAGGAGCCCCCCGCCGGGGGGCCCUGCCGGGAGGAGCCCGACGGGGGCGUCUGCCUCAACGGGGGCGUCUGCUCCGUCGUCGACGACCGGGCCGUGUGCGACUGCUCCAGGACCGGCUUCCGAGGCGAGGACUGCAGCCAAGAAGACAACUAUGCGGAAGGUCUGGCGCACCUGAUGAUGGGCGACCAAGGUAAAAGUAAAGGAAAAGAAGAAUAUAUCGCCACCUUCAAGGGUUCCGAAUACCUCUGCUAUGACUUGUCCCAGAACCCCAUCCAGAGCAGCAGUGACGAAAUCACCCUGUCCUUUAAGACCCUCCAGAGGAACGGACUGAUGCUUCACACGGGGAAAUCAGCCGACUACGUCAACCUCGCGCUGAAAAACGGAGCCGUCUCCCUGGUCAUCAAUUUGGGGUCGGGGGCCUUCGAAGCCUUGGUGGAACCGGUGAAUGGCAAGUUCAAUGACAACGCCUGGCAUGAUGUCAAAGUGACCAGGAAUCUGCGUCAGCACUCAGGCAUUGGACACGCUAUGGUGACCAUAUCGGUGGACGGCAUACUCACCACAACAGGAUACACCCAAGAAGACUACACCAUGCUGGGCUCCGACGACUUUUUCUAUGUCGGCGGCAGUCCCAGCACAGCCGACCUGCCGGGCUCCCCAGUCAGUAACAACUUCAUGGGCUGCCUCAAAGAGGUGGUCUACAAGAACAACGACGUCCGGCUGGAGCUCUCCCGCCUCGCCAAGCAAGGCGACCCCAAGAUGAAGAUCCACGGCGUGGUGGCCUUCAAGUGCGAGAACGUGGCCACCCUGGACCCCAUCACGUUCGAGACCCCGGAGUCCUUCAUCUCCCUGCCCAAGUGGAACGCCAAGAAGACGGGCUCCAUAUCGUUCGAUUUCCGCACCACGGAGCCCAACGGGCUGGUCCUCUUCAGCCACGGCAAGCCCCGCCACCAGAAGGACGCCAAGCACCCGCAGAUGGUCAAGGUGGACUUCUUCGCCAUCGAGAUGCUGGACGGUCACCUCUACCUGCUGCUGGACAUGGGCUCGGGCACCAUCAAGAUCAAGGUCCUGCAGAAGAAGGUCAACGACGGAGAGUGGUACCAUGUGGAUUUCCAGCGAGACGGACGCUCAGGUACUAUUUCCGUGAACACGCUGCGUACCCCGUACACGGCCCCCGGGGAGAGCGAGAUCCUGGACCUGGACGACGACCUGUACCUCGGGGGGCUCCCGGAGAACAAGGCCGGCCUGGUGUUCCCCACGGAGGUGUGGACCGCCCUGCUCAACUACGGCUACGUGGGCUGCAUCCGGGACCUGUUCAUCGACGGCCAGAGCAAGGACAUCCGGCAGAUGGCCGAGGUCCAGAGCACGGCCGGGGUGAAGCCCUCCUGCUCCAGGGAGACGGCCAAGCCGUGCCUCAGCAACCCGUGCCGGAACAACGGCCUCUGCCGCGAUGGCUGGAACCGCUUCGUCUGCGACUGCUCCGGCACGGGCUACUUGGGCAGGGCCUGCGAGAGAGAGGCGACGGUUCUGAGCUACGACGGGAGCAUGUUCAUGAAGAUUCAGCUUCCGGUGGUGAUGCACACGGAGGCGGAGGACGUGUCCCUACGCUUCCGCUCUCAGCGGGCCUAUGGCAUCCUGAUGGCCACCACCUCCCGAGAGUCCGCCGACACGCUCCGCCUGGAGCUGGACGCCGGGCGCGUCAAGCUAACGGUCAACCUAGACUGUAUCAGGAUUAACUGUAAUUCCAGCAAAGGUCCCGAAACGCUUUUUGCUGGCUAUAACCUCAAUGAUAAUGAGUGGCACACAGUGCGCGUGGUGAGACGGGGAAAGAGCUUAAAGCUAAUGGUGGACGACCAGCAAGCCAUGACAGGCCAGAUGGCGGGCGACCACACGCGGCUCGAGUUCCACAACAUCGAGACGGGCAUCAUCACGGAGCGCCGCUACCUGUCGUCGGUGCCCUCCAACUUCAUCGGGCACCUGCAGAGCCUGACCUUCAACGGCAUGGCCUACAUCGACCUGUGCAAGAACGGCGACAUCGAGUACUGCGAGCUCAACGCCCGCUUCGGCUUCCGGAACAUCAUCGCCGACCCCGUCACCUUCAAGACCAAGUCGAGCCACGUGGCCCUAGCCACGCUGCAGGCGUACACGUCCAUGCACCUCUUCUUCCAGUUCAAGACCACCUCCCUGGACGGCCUGAUCCUCUACAACAGCGGGGACGGCAACGACUUCAUCGUCGUGGAAUUGGUGAAAGGGUACUUACACUACGUGUUCGAUCUGGGCAAUGGCGCCAACCUGAUCAAAGGGAGCUCCAACAAACCCCUCAAUGACAACCAGUGGCACAACGUGAUGAUUUCCAGGGACACCAACAACCUCCACACGGUCAAGAUUGACACGAAAAUCACCACGCAGAGCACGGCCGGGGCCCGGAACCUGGAUCUCAAAAGUGACCUGUACAUUGGAGGCGUGGCCAAAGAGAUGUACAAAUCCUUGCCGAAACUGGUCCACGCGAAGGAAGGCUUCCAGGGGUGCCUGGCCUCGGUGGACUUGAACGGAAGGCUGCCCGACCUCAUCUCCGAUGCCCUGUUUUGCAACGGGCAGAUAGAGAGAGGAUGUGAAGUUGCAUUGAUGAAAGCUGACUUGCAAGGGCCCAGCACCACGUGUCAAGAGGAUUCUUGCGCCAACCAAGGCGUGUGCCUGCAGCAGUGGGACGGAUUCAGCUGCGACUGUAGCAUGACCUCCUUCAGCGGCCCGUUAUGCAAUGACCCGGGAACGACGUACAUCUUCAGCAAAGGCGGCGGACAGAUCACAUACAAGUGGCCGCCCAACGACCGGCCCAGCACGAGGGCUGACCGUCUGGCCAUCGGCUUCAGCACCGUACAGAAGGAAGCGGUCUUGGUCCGCGUGGACAGCUCUUCAGGGCUCGGAGAUUACUUGGAGCUGCAUAUCCACCAGGGGAAAAUCGGGGUGAAAUUCAACGUCGGGACGGACGACAUCGCCAUCGAAGAGGCCAACGCCAUCAUUAACGAUGGCAAAUACCACGUGGUCCGAUUCACCCGGAGUGGCGGCAACGCCACCCUGCAGGUGGACAGUUGGCCGGUGAUAGAGCGCUACCCGGCAGGAAACAAUGAUAACGAGCGCCUGGCGAUUGCUAGACAGCGAAUUCCAUAUCGACUUGGUCGAGUAGUUGAUGAAUGGCUACUCGACAAAGGGCGCCAGCUCACAAUCUUCAAUAGCCAAGCCAGCAUAAUAAUUGGCGGGAAAGAGCAGGGCUUCCCCUUCCAGGGCCAGCUGUCUGGGCUUUACUACAAUGGCUUGAAGGUUCUCAAUAUGGCGGCCGAAAACGACGCCAACAUCGCCAUAGUGGGGAACGUGAGACUGGUCGGCGAAGUGCCUUCCUCCAUGACCACCGAGUCCACGGCCACCGCGCUGCAGUCCGAGAUGUCCACCUCCAUCAUGGAGACCACCACGACGCUGGCCACCAGCACGGCCAGGAGAGGGAAGCCCCCGACGAAGGAGCCCGUCAGCCAGACCACCGACGACAUCCUGGUGGCUUCCGCCGAGUGUCCCAGCGACGAUGAGGACAUUGACCCUUGUGAGCCGAGCUCAGGUGGGUUAGCCAACCCGACGCGGGCGGGCGGGCGGGAGCAGCAGUUCCCGGGCUCGGCCGAGGUGAUCCGCGAGUCGAGCAGCACGACGGGCAUGGUGGUGGGCAUCGUGGCGGCGGCGGCCCUCUGCAUCCUCAUCCUGCUCUACGCCAUGUACAAGUACCGCAACCGCGACGAGGGCUCCUACCACGUGGACGAGAGCCGCAACUAUAUCAGCAACUCGGCCCAGAGCAACGGCGCCGUGGUCAAGGACAAGCAGGCCGCGGGGCCCGCCGGCGGGGCCGCCGGCGCCAAGGCCGCCGCCAAGAGCAAGAAGAACAAGGACAAGGAGUACUAUGUCUGAUCCCAGCGGCGGGCUCGCCCCGCGGACCCUCGCCCGGACCCCCGAGACCUGAACGCACCCCCGCCCCGGCCUCCCCCGCCCCCUCCACCCCGCUCCCCCGCCAGAGGACCACCACCUCACCCCCCUCCACACUUUGUACGAAGCACACACGGACCCGGGCCGGGAGGGCCGCGGCACGAGGACGGUCCGGCCGGCCGGCCCCGGGACCUUCGGGAGGGAAGACGGCCGGGGCCCCCGCCUCCUCCCGCGCCCCGCCCCCCCCAGAGCCGAGGAGCGUCACCGGGCGCGGCAGAGGCACAAAAGGAGCGUGAGACACAAUCGACGAGAAGCUACCUACGCGGCCGGAGGCGGCGGGGGGCCGAGGCGUGGUGGGGGGACACGCCGGUCCGGCCCCCGACGCCUCUUCCGGAGACUGACGCGGGAACGGCCGUGCCCCAGCCGACCCCCCCCCCCCGUCCCCCGACCCCUUCCCCCCUACCCCUUUCCGGUCGGGAGGGGAGACGGGGGUUGGCCAGAGGACACUCCGUUUCCAAACCGUACCCCGGCAGGAACGCAGCGAGAGGGCAUAGAUGCGAUCGUUGGGAAAUUUUCAUGCACGCUUACUACGUUAUUACAUAUGUUUAUAUAAAAAAAAAAACACAUCUCUGUGUGCUUUCUGGACCGUGAUCAGUGACGUUUUAUAGCCUGUUGUAUAGACGAUGCAAACUAUAUCCGCUCAUCGGCCAUUUUGGGUAAAGUUUGAUGUUCUCUUAGUAUUGCUAGGUAUAGAGAGUUUUUGCUCCAUCCGGAACCUCCGACCCCCUCCACCCCUUUGAGUUUUCUGCCCUUCCCGACCGCCACCCACUUCUCUCUGUCUCUCUCUGUCUCUCUCUGUCUCUCUCUCUCUCUCUCCCCCCACCCCCACUCUCCUCCGUUUGAUUUACAGCGUGUGGGGGUGGAGUGGGGGAUGUGUCAAUAAAGAGCGAGUCCGCUGGUUUCUUUCUUUCUUACCUGUACAGCCUCUGUUCGUUGCAAUUGAGUUUUAGUAGUUUGUACGGAAGAAGUGGAUUAGAAAGCAAAACAUAUAUAAAUAUAUAAUAUAUAUCUAUCUCUUGUAAACUUCCUCCCACCCUCCCCCGCCCCUCCACCUGGGUAGCCACUGACCAUAGCCAGGUUUGUUGGAUGGUAGAAGAUCUCCCCCCGGUCCCUCCCGGCAGCCCACCCCAUCCCACGCUCACCCCAAUUGGCCAAACUGCGGGAGGAGACCCCGACAGCCAGACAGACCACCUGACCUCCAAGCCCAACGGGCACGCUUGAAACGCCGCCGCGAAGAGGCCGCUUUUUUCCCCCGGGAGACGAGUAGCUCAAGGAACUCGCCCGGCUCCGACAAGGCCCCGGUCCCGACUCGCUCUGACCCCGGAGGGCCCGGCCGGAAAGUCCCCCGAGCUCCGGCCUCCCCCGCUUGGCCGCGAGGCGGGAACGGGAGCCCCCCGCCUUUCUCGGCACGUCCGGUGCUCGGGGGGUUCACAGCAAUAAAUCUCGGAGCCCCGCCGGGGUGGGGGACGGAGGUCCCGGAGGGGUCAAAACCCGCUCCACUGCCGCAAAGAGGUCGUGGCGGGGGCUCGGGAAGGGGGACGCGCACCCCCCUUUACAUGAGGAAUUUCCAGUUUCCUUUGACCAACCUCCCCCCGCCCCAAGGCGGAAAUAUUGGGGUGGGGGGCACCUCCCCCGAAAGAUCCCGGCUGUCUGGGCCCACCACCGAAAGGUGUCUCCCACCCCCACAAUCUGAUUUCAGUAGCCGCCCCCCCACCACACACACACACACACACACACAUCCCAAAUAUCUAUUUUUCUAACCCCGCCGGCUCUCCGGGGUGGCCCGGCUCGACCCCGCCAGAUUUCAGCCGAACUCAGGGAAGACGAAGGCGAAAAAGCAAGAAUCAGCGGGCAACCCCAGAGUCCCCCACGCCCGGCUAUUCUUCCGUAGCGUAGCCGGGCCUCGCACCUCGCUGCCCGCGGAGGGCGGGAAAACCCGGGGCGCGUGGUGGCCGGGCCGGAGGAAAGGCGUCCCACCCCGUCCGGCGGCGAAAAGAACUGAGUCCUGACCCUGCCAUCCCCAGAGGGGGCAAAGGUCAGGGGUCACACGGAAUGGGGGGGAAGGGGGUGCGCUGUGGGAGAAUCCGACAGCAGCCAUCUUUAUGGUUUCAAACUACCUAACGGCAAUUCGAUUUCACCUCUCCGCCGCGCGUGUCCGACUGAGAUGGCUUCUUUUCUAUCCCUGUAACGUGCUGCCUUUUUUAAAAUGAAAGCCCGAAGCGAUGUGUGAGACCCCUCGCGCCCCCCCGCCCCUCUACCACCGCCCCCCUCCCGACAUCAGAGAGAGGUCAGAAAUGCCCCUAUAACCUUAUAGUGCUUUGUGUGAUUGAUAUUUAAGGGUUUUCUUUCGUUGUUGCAAGGCCUAUUUCUCCAUUACUGGAAAUGCUAAGCAAGUGGACUUUACUGUUUUGUUAAUAAAAUGUUUCUUAAUA